AUGUUACUUUCAUGGUCUGCUUCUAUUGAUUUGGCUGAACGAUAUCAAAUCUUUUUGAAUAACUGCUCAAAGUUAAUAUCUGAAGAAGAAACAUUGUUUUAUAAUUGUACUUUAUCAUGGUUUGGACCUUUUUGUCGUUUCACAUUUGAUUAUGAGCCAGAUUUGGAUUUCGAGCUCCUCGUUUAUUAUCUUUUUAAUAAGGGGCUGUCCCGCGGUAAUGUUCCAGUGGUGACAUGUUACGAACAUUUGCAUUGUCAAACGAAACUGUCAUGUUUAGAUUGGCGAGAGAUUUGUGAUGGAAAAUACGACUGUCUGGACGGUUCUGAUGAGAACAAUUGUUGGCAACUUGAAGUUAAUGAAUGUAUGGAUGAUAACUAUCGAUGUCACAAUGGUCAGUGUAUUCCAGUUGAAUUCUUGCGAGAUGGUUUAUUGAAUCCCGAUUGCUUAGACCGAACAGACGAAGGUCGAGAAACAUAUUCUUUUAUAGAAUGCGUUUUUAGUGUUGCCUUUCAUUGUGAAGAGCACAAAUGUCGAUUAGGACAAGAUGAUGAUUUUCCAUGUGGAAAUGGACAAUGUAGAGAUGAACUAUAUGGAUGUUCUAAUGGUCGUACCGGUCGUUUAUCGAAUGAUUUUUGCUCUAAUGCUACGGCUUGUUUUAUGAAAAUUUACGAUGUAGUUGAAGCUAAAUGGUGUGAAAAAUUUUGUACAGCAAUUACCUGUAUAAAAGAUAACUGCCCAAUACUAUACGAAGUUCAUUUUAUUCCUCUUCUUUUCGGACACUGUGAAAACUCAUCAAAAUGUAUUUCAAAACAACGUAUUCUUGAUGGUAUUCGGGAUUGCCCAUUUGAUGACGACGAAAAAUUUUCUCAUAGCUGUUCACUUACUGAUAUUCAUCAGCGUUUUAAUUGUUCGUCUGAUGGUGAUGAAAAAUGUUUUGCAUCAUUAGUCAUUUAUGAUCGAAAGAAAGAUUGCAAAUAUGGUGAGGAUGAGACCUCUGUAUUGCCAGAAAUAAGACAAAAACAUAUUUCGUUUCAAACAAUAUGUGAUGGAAGAACAGACUUGUUGCCUGUAUUGAUUGAUGGUCGUAAUGAAACGGAUGAGACACAAUGCCAUUACUGGUCAUGUAAUAAUACUUACAGCAGAUGUGACAAAUUUUGGUUAUGUCAAGAUGGAGCUGAUGAAAUCAAUUGUCCAUCUUCGCCUUGUCCAGCACUUCAUCAUGAAUGUGUUUUCCUAAAUGAUACAUUUCGAGUGUCAUGUUUGCCAAUUAACAGAGCAAAUAAUAGUAUUACUGACUGUUUGGGUGCAACAGAUGAACGAAAACAAUAUCAAAUAUUUGGUCAAAGUAUGAUAAGAUACUAUUUUUCUUGUUGGAAUAGUACAAAAUAUAUUGACGUGAAUUUACUUUGUGAUAAAAUAACAGACUGUCCAUUUAAUGAUGACGAAAUAUUUUGUGAGAACUUCGGACCAUUUUUGCGUCGACUUUGUUAUACGUAUCCAAAUGCCAAAUAUGCUGUUCAAAGAUUUCUCUGUGAUUUUGGUAACAUCCACUUAAAUAAAGAAACUUCUACUUUUUUCAAACUAUAUAAUUUUCCAAAUUAUCCAUUUCAAAUAACGACAAAACCUGUCUCGCCGGUACCACCAAUUUCGAUAACAGCUAGGUCAAUGCAAAACAAUGCAAUUAUCAACGUUGGAUCUUUCAACAAAUGGUUUUGUAAUCGAGGAGUACCUAUUCGUACUCGAGUAAAUAGCACUACAUCUGUGUUAUCUUGUCUUUGUCCAUCGAGUUAUUAUGGAGAUAUGUGUCAAUAUCAAAAUCAACGUGUUAGUCUCACAAUUCAAAUUCGUGUGACAUCACACUGGCGUAGUUUCUACACUUUCCUUAUUACUUUAAUCGACAAUGAGCGGAAUAUUCAGUCAUAUGAUCAAGUUGAAUAUUUACCUAUUCGAGACUGCAGAAACAAAUUCAACUUGUAUUUACUUUAUGCAACUCGACCGAAAAAUUCUUCAAUGAAUUAUUCUGUACAAAUCGAUGCCUACAACCAAUCGUCAAUGGACUAUCGAGCCAGCUGGAUUUUUCCACUACAAUUUCCAUUUCUUCCAGUUCAUCGUCUAUCUGUUUUACUACGAGUUCCCACUUCAAAUAUGGAGCCCAUACGUAAAUGCUGGCCAUCAUGCAUCCAUGGUAAAUGUUUCCAAUACGCCAAUGAUAAAAAGUCGUCAUUUUGUCAUUGUGAUUCUGGAUGGUCAGGUUCACGGUGCCACAAAAAACACACAUGUCUCUGUGCAUCAGACUCACUUUGUGUCAACAAUUCAAUAUGUUUGUGUCCUUAUGGUCGAUUUGGUUCUCGAUGUCAUCUCUUUCAGCUUUCAUGUCGUUCGGAAUUAUGCAUGAAUGGUGGACAAUGUGUAUCUAUCUCUGUACGUACUAUAUAUAAAAAUACAAUCAAGCUAAUGUGUGUUUGUCCAGAAGAAUAUGUAGGAGACCGUUGUCAAUAUCGACUCAAACGAACUGAAAUUGAUAUAUCUUUUCAUCACAAACUGCCUAUUCCAUCAUCAUUAUUAAUCCAUUUUAUUGCAGUUCACAACAACAAAAAGCCCAACAGAACAAGUAUUAUGAAAAAAAUUGCAUUUGAUCAAUAUUUAUUAACUGUCUACACGUCCGUCUGGUUUAACAUUGCUUUUGCACAAAUGCUUGAUAAUUACUAUCUGCUUAUUCUUCAGGAACAAAUGAUCGCUUUCGCACAGAUAUCCACUCAACUUAUUCCUUCUCAUCGAUGUCAAUCUCUUCGUGAAUUGUUCAAUGACUCAUUUGCUAAUCAACAUUUAUUGAAACGCAUAAAAUAUUACCAUAUUCCAUGUCGAGAACAGCAUAACUUAGUUUGUUUCUAUGAUGAUGUUCAUUUCUGUUUAUGUACACUAGAUCGGCAUACCGAUUGUUUUGAAUUUGAUCACAACAUGACUUAUGAUUGUAGAGAAUAUAACUAUUGUGAAAACGAAGGCCAUUGCUUUCAAGAUAAUCCGAAAUGUCCAACAUCUUUGACUUGUGGUUGUCGUCAGUGUUAUUUUGGAUCCAGAUGCCAGUUUUCUACUAAAGGAUCAAUCCUUUCAUUGGAUACUAUUUUAGGCUAUCAUCUUAAAUCAUCUAUACACAUUCCUCAACAACCGGUGAUUGUAAAAGUGUCAAUAGGAAUAAUCACAUUAAUGUUCGCUUUUGGUUUUAUGAACAGUUUUCUCUCGUUUCAGACAUUUCGAGAAAGAAAAGCACGUGAUGUGGGUUGCGCUAUUCCUCGUCUGAUUAUUUCAUUUUUAUCAGGAUGUAUGAAAUCGGCUCGAGAUGCUUGGUUCUAUCUGAUUGGUUAUUUUAUCUCCUUCAUUCCAUCGAUGAUGUCGUUUGUGAUAUUUGUUCUACCUUCCAGUAUGUACAAGAAAAUAUUUGAUCAAUCCAUGGAACGUCUUUGGCGACGAUAG